GUUUUCUCUAUUACAAACAUACGACAAUCAUGAGGUGUUUAUGUCGAACUUUUAGGUCAAUAGAUAAACAUCAAAUUGUUUCAAAUAUGGUAAACGUCCAGUUAAUUAGGUCUAACUGAAAGCGGCAUAAUUAUUUUCAAACAGGGUACAAGAAUCUACUUCAUUCCGUCUUGUAUUUUUAUUUAACUUAUUUUACUAAACUCAAUUAUUGACAAGUUUUCUAUAUCACAUAGUUGCCUAUUUAUAAUGGAUAAUUAGGUCGUGCAUGAGUAUUUAUUUACAAUGCACGCACAGCGGAAAAGAUACAUUAUAACGAUUUACAUGACUUUUUUUAAGAUAUAAUAAAAAUCGCGAUAAUGUCGUUUUUAAAUGGAUAAGUAUCAGUCAUUUGCCAACUACAGUCGCCUCACGAAUUUUAUAGAAGAAGAUUAUUUGCGGCACCAUCAUUUUUAGUUAUCAGGUGAAUUUUUCUCUAUUUCGACAGCUAUGCCACUGUGUGUAGGAGAAAAUCAUCAUAUGUCGAGAUAUAAAUGAAAACUGUGAUUGCCUGUUGAACACAAUCAAUAGGAAAACAUUUAGUUUAAUUGGUACAUUUUGUGCGUACGAGUCACUGCAUUACCAGUUGUUCACAAAUGGAAAGAUGGUCGUCUACUGAUGAGAAAACACCUCUAUACGUCACAGAUGCGACUCAAGUGAUUAAACAAAGUCAUGAUUUUUGCUUUCUUUUGGUUGUCUAAUUAAAUUCCCUUUGUAGAGUUGAAUAAAAUCAAAUGUAAGCCAUAUACAAAUCAAAUGGGGACAGCCUAUAGUUAACAUCCUUGUGUUGAAUUUUAUCGCUGUGUUUUCCACAUUAAAGUACUCCGUUCGUUCUGUUUUAGCACUUCUGGCACGUGCAUUUAGAACGCAUCCAGCCGGCCAGCUUUAUAAAAGCGUCUUGCCUUUUCAUGGGCUAUGUACUCUUGGCCUGUUGUAUGCCAUAUCUUUAUAGUAUGUUGGCUUACGGUUGGCUAUCAUGUGAUUAAUGGUCCUUCUGUGAUUCUGGGCAUACAGCCUAGCCCCAGCUUCGAUCGCCUCGCGCACCAGCGAUCAAAAAUUGGACAAUCCAUACCAAGUCUUCCUGUCAGCGCUCGACUUGGUGGCUUUGUAAAGAACCCAGCUUCGUUGGAUAGAAGCAACAAUGGUGGGCAAAACCUGCAAAGCUCCGUCGACAAGGGUAUUCGAAAAAGUAUUCGGAAGUCGCCAGAAAAGUACGGACCCAGUCCACCUCCAUUGUGCUCCUUUAUCGCGGGAAAGAACACAGGCGGUAAAGUAAGCGAUAAGCAGAGCUUUCCAGCUACGGUGACCGUAAAGAGACCAAUUAUAUUGGGUCCUGACGAUUCGGAUAACGACGACUCUGACGAAAAGUCCGACAGCAGAGACCGGAGUGGUAGAUUAAUUAAUAGAGCCACAAGUGGUCACUCUCGUAGCACUGGCGGUGACAGUCGUCUGGUUCGUCCAAACAGCUUACACGACGGUGCUGAUUUUAGGAACGGAUCAACCGUAAGGACGGAAAAUCGCUUGAGCAGGCCUCGCUCAAGCAGACACGGCGAUGGAAUUCGCCUGGAAAGGUCUAUCCAUGGAAUUGAUAUCAACACAUCGAUGAUGAGUGGCCUUGUCGAUACACACAUGCAUAUUGAUUUGUCCCUUUGCUCACUAGGACAAUGUGCCGGGAUCACUUGGGCAGAGCACUGCAAGCGGCAUUCGGCGCGUUUUCCCACUUGCUACGAAGGUGGGAUUGCUGUGUUUUGUCAGCCCGAAGACUUCAAAUGUUCAUCAGCGAUGCUCAAUGAGGCGUAUCACUCAGAUAAACUGUGGAUGACCUUUGGAGUGCAUCCGCAUUUCGCUGAUCGUUACUCCGAAGAUAGUCUUCGAGCAUGUCUUCAUAAGUUCAAAUCAAAAAUUGUCGCCCUAGGGGAAAUCGGACUCGACUGCUCUCACAAUCUGCAGGUUCAGAAAGAGGUCUUUCGAUCGCAGGCUGAAAUAGGCAUUGAAUGCAAUCUUCCUCUGGUUAUUCAUACACGGCUUCCGGAUGGAAAUGCAGAAGCACUUGCUUUUAUGCGACAGUUCGUUCCAAGAGAUUAUCGUAUUCAUCGACAUUGCUUCAUCGGCAAAUUAGAGGAAGCUAAUGAGUGGCUGUCUCAUUUCCGCAAUUGUUACAUUGGAUUCACUCCGCUAAUCAACACACAACCCGAUCUAAUGGAGGUUGCUCGACAAAUCCCCUUCGAUCGGAUACUGUUGGAGACAGACGCUCCGUAUUUUCAAAAAGGUCUUCCAAUGCUGGAAGAUGGGGGACAGGCCGCUUUCACUGUACCUGGUGACGUGAUUUAUACGGCGAUAGGAAUAGCGAAGGCGCGCAAUAUUUCAAUUGAAGCCAUCAUCUGCCAGACGAGAUUGAACGCUAAAGCAAUUUAUGGUAUUUAAACAGCCUACGCACUGCUCGCCUUGCAACGAAUUAUCGAAAUAUCUUCAUCAUCUUGUAAACAUCUAUCAGCAUCUUGUCAACGUUGUACGUUUAUGUACGUUACGUAUACAUUAUAAUAGCUAUAUAUAAUGAGAAGUCACUUAAUUAUCGAGUUUUCAAUUUUUCGCCUAUGUAACUAGACUAUGUUAAUUAUUAAAUAUUUCCCUACUAGAUAUUUUAAGGCUGCGCAGGAUUUGUACAAGCCAGCCACAUGUUUAACUAUAGUAGUUACACUUCUGUUAGCAAUCAUUGAACAUUGAAACCGCUAGUUGUAGUAGUCCAUUUUUUAAAAGUGGGCAAAAAAAAUGUCUCGUUUAUCGGACGGGGGAGUAAUCGAUUGCGUUUCUUAACAGUAGAAAACCUUGGCCCAAGUCGAAUUGGACAAUUAAACACGCCGAAAACGUUCUAACAAAGAGAAACGUACAUAACGCAUGCAGUUAGCAAUAUCAAAUACGUAAUAACGAUACUUUCACUGUAAUUGGGACCACGUAGUCCAAUAGCUGGUGAAAGUGUAUGGAAGAGGUUAUCGAUAGGUAAGCUGCUGUAAAAAAAACGCUAAUCGGUGUGACUAGUAUAAUCAUGCCGUUAAUGUGUUUGUAAAAAAUAA